AUGAUUGUCACUAUGGAGGUGGAGUUGAGCCCUGGAGCACUAGAGGAGUCAAAUACCUCCAGGGUUAAUCCUAACUAUGCCAAUGAAUUUGAGGUAGGAGCAUUCAUGUUAGAAACACAGCCUAGGCCAUUUUGCCCCUUAGUCUUGAUUGCGAAGUUUGUUCAAGAGCAGGAACAGGAUAUGCAAAGUAAAAGUGUUUUACCAGCAUGCUACAAUAGUACCCGAGCAUAUAAUGGAAAUAUUAUGCUCGCUAGUUCUUCACGUCUUGGAGAAGUUAAAAUAUCUUUGAAUUGUGACUCAGCCUUGGGACGACUAAACUUCAGUAUUCCUAAUUUGGAUGUUGUUAUGAAGUUCAUGGACAGGAAGUACCUUAGCUCUUGCUACACUGUUGAGCCUCAAUUUUCUACGGCAAAGCUAUUAAAUGACCUUUGUAAGAUUUUUCUCCAAUUGGGGCUUCGAAAGGGAUCAAAUUCCAACCAGGCCAUUUCACAUUCACAGCAAUACGUUAAUCAAGGUGAAAGGAAACCCUUUAAUUUUAUCAGUGACAUAACAAAAGGUUCUGAAAAGGUGAAAAUAUCAUUAAUAGAUGAAUUUGGCAGUGACUACUUGCCAAAGUUUAAUUACAUACCAAACAGUAUAAUAUAUCAAAGUGCUAUUGUAAGCAUUUCUUUGGCCCGGAUUUCGGAUGAGGGUUGUUGUUCUGAUUGUUCCGGUGACUGUCUUUCAUCAUCACUGCCUUGUGCUUGUGCUCAGGAAACUGGUGGGGAGUAUGCUUACACUCCUCAAGGUUUGUUGAAAGAAGAAUUUCUAACAGCUUGUGUGACUAUGAAGAAUGAACCUCAAGAUCAUCAUUAUGUGUACUGUCAGGAGUGCCCUUUGGAGAAGUCCAAGAAUGAAUACAUGCCUGAACGAUGCAAGGGGCACAUGCUUAGGAAAUUUAUAAAGGAAUGUUGGAGGAAAUGUGGAUGUGACAUGCUUUGCGGGAAUCGGAUAGUGCAACGAGGUAUUGCAUGCAAAUUGCAGGUGUUCUUAACCCGAGAAGGUAAAGGGUGGGGCCUUAGACCGUUAGAAGAUCUACCAAAAGGAACUUUCGUAUGUGAAUAUGUUGGAGAAAUAUUAACCAAUAUGGAGUUAUACGAUAGGAUUAUGCAUGAGAGUGGCAAUGACAGACAUACAUAUCCAUUAACUCUUGAUGCGGACUGGGGAUCAGAAAAGGGGUUAAAGGAUGAGGAGGCGCUGUGUUUAGAUGCAACAUAUAAUGGAAAUGUUGGAAGGUUUAUCAACCAUAGAUGCUAUGAUGCAAAUCUCAUAGACGUUCCCGUUGAAAUAGAGAGUCCAGAUCACCAUUAUUAUCAUGAAAGUCAGCGCAUACGAGGAAUUGACAUGGGUAAGUCAGCUGUGCGUCUGUAA